AUGCUUGAUACCAAGCUCCAGGCCGAAGUGGAAAAGCGGAGCGAGUUGGAAGCCGAGCUAGUGCGCGAGAAGAAGCAGAACCAAGACCUCCGCCUGGAGCUGCACGACAUCAAGUACCAGAACACACUCAUCGAGGCCCGGAUAGUCACGGAGAAAGAGCAGAAAGAGACCCUGUACCAAGAGCUGCAGGGCUUCAGAGUCACUCAGCUGACGAACGCGGCAGAGAAGGGCGGCCUUCAGGCAGAGAACGCCGGCCUCCGGGAUGAGUUAAGCGCAACCCAGGCUAGACUCAAGAAGCUGGAGGACAAAAUGGCCGACCUCCACAUUGACGCCUCGAAAGGUCAUGAUGACAGCAACACUCAGAGCGACAAGAAGCAUAGCGAGAUCCUUCAGGCCAUCAAUAGUCUGCAGUCGUCACAGCCCCUCGAUUUGCAGAUAACAGCGCGCAAGAGAGGUCGCAAAAUAUCCGUCUCUGAGGACGUCCCACUCACACAUGUCUGGCAGAGCCGACUCACCAGACUGACAUCCAAUCUAAACAGAUUCGACGUUGUUCAGGACCCCGAAAGCGAAAACUCCCCGACCUACAAGUCCAUCUUCCUCGAGCUCGUUCCUCUACUGAGCACCCAGCGAGGUACACCCGGGUUUGACGCCUUCUUGGAGUACUCGAGACCUGGCUCGACUUACUGCAUCAUUCAAGCGCUGCGGGAAGUCAACGUUGAGGCAGGACAGCAGGCCGAGGCCCUCAAAGGCGACGGCUGUGAGGACCACAAGGGCAUAGGCGAUUGUCUGAGGGUGGAGUGCUGCGUAUCUGACGAUAGAAAGGGGAAGAUUUAUAAGUUUCUUCCGUUUGACUGGAGCAAGUUGGUUACUAACUUGAAUUAA